CGGUCAAAACCAUCUUUGCACACGCGUCCGACCAAGAACGUGCUAUCUACGAAAGACAACUAGAAAGUGUAAAAAAGCUUGACCCAGUUCUCAUAAUCACCCCAAAUACGACUUGGAUUGGUCAGCACGGCUUACAUGCUUAUGAAGCUGUUAUGGACGCUUUUGCAACAAACGGUCUUUCAAUGGGCGCAGAGAUGAAAAUUUACGUGCAAUCUUCCACUUCAUCUCUGUCACUGAACUAUAUACUGUGCAGGGGAGG